CUAUCAUCUUUGUUUCAUGCCGGUUUUCACAGAUAUCGUUGUCAAAUAAACAAUGUUUUACCACGUUUCACUGGAGCAUGAAAUUCUCCUCCAUCCCAGAUAUUUUGGACCAAAUUUACUGAACACAGUAAAGCAAAAGUUGUUCACAGAAGUGGAAGGGACGUGCACUGGGAAAUAUGGUUUCGUCAUAGCAGUAACUACGAUUGAUAACAUCGGUGCCGGCUAUAUACAGCCAGGUCGAGGCUUUGUGGUGUAUCCAGUCAAAUAUAAAGCCAUAGUGUUCAGACCAUUCAAGGGUGAGGUGCUUGACGCUGUUGUCACACAGGUCAAUAAAGUGGGACUCUUCACAGAGAUUGGACCGCUCUCUUGUUUCAUUUCAAAACAUAGCAUUCCACCAGAUAUGGAGUUCGAUCCUAAUUCCAAUCCACCGUGUUAUAAAACAAAAGAUGAGGAUGUUGUCAUUCAACAAGACGAUGAAAUCAGACUUAAAAUUGUUGGAACCAGAGUGGAUGCAUCAGAUAUUUUUGCCAUUGGAUCGCUUAUGGACGACUACCUUGGUCUGGUCAGUUGAUGGGGAUUGGCGCAUCACAUUGCGGAGACAGAACGACUCGCUUAUCGUGUUCAUCUGUAUAUAAAUCAAUAAAUAUUUUCUACAUGCGUCUGCCUAUUACACGGUCAACGAGGCAUUUUGUUUUAUAAAAAGAUGAGUAAUGUUAUCAACGACUGUCAGUGGAGGAAAAGUACUUUUUUCGCAGAGCUUCAAACGUUAACUCAAGGUACAUUUUUGCAGCAGAAAAUGCUGCCAUCGAUAUGUCAGAUGAUUUUUUUUGGAAUUAAGGUUGGAGAUUCUCUGUGACAGUGUUCAAGAAGUAUGGAUUAAUUUGUCCGAUUGAUGUUGUAGCUCUUGGAAAAAUAUGUAAAAGAUGUUUUUUCUUACUUUAUUGACAUGCAUCUUGAAAGUCAGUCACAUCAAAGGAAAAUAAAGUGGUGAAUUUUAUUCUUAGAUCAUUGUCGCAAUUAAUCUCAGCCAAUGACUCUACCGAUCUCAAAGGAACAUCUUUAGGGUUUGUUAAACUUGAAAAAAGACAGCAUUUUUCCAUGAAUAUGACAGCUGAUGAGAAUGUGUCCAGAAAGAAAGGACAUGAAGGAAGUUUAUGAGGGGUAGAUAACUUAACUUUUCAUCAAACAUGUACAUGUGUAAGGAGAAUGAUUUGUUUAAACAUAAAGGUUUUCUUUAAAGUUAGCAGUGUCAGUUCUUCUACGUGUUAUAGACACU